AUGGUCAGAAGUAGAUGCAUAUGCGCAUGCUUAGUGCUAGCGUUGGCAUGCAGCGGUCUGGCAAAACCCGUCAAGAAAGUAGUCAUAGAGCCUGAACUGCCGCCUGAUAUUGUUAUCGCCAAGCGAGCGUCUUCUGCCGCAGAUAGAGCGAGGGAAUGGCAGAAGCAACUCCGGCUGGCGCAAGAGCAGUACAAGCCAGCGCCGGAAGAUCUGCAAUUGCAUAACCCAGGCAAGGCAAUCGAGGAGAAAGCAUCACCGACAUCGACCUCAUCGAGUACACAAGCGCACCCGGCGGAGCAAAGCGACAGCAGUCAAUUGCCUGGCCAGAGCAAGCAAUUCGAAGCACUCGUCGACCCGACCGAACUCGACAGGCACGAGACUGCUCCGAGGCCAGCGCAGUCUCCUGUCGUCAAAGCUGCCGGGCCGCUGUGUCAUGCGCUCGUGAACAUCCUCAUCUCGAUGAUCGUGUUCUGCAUGGCUAGCGCGAGCUUGCAUCUCGUCAACAGCAUGCGCAAAAAGGGCAUUUCGUUGACCGACGAACAAGAUCCCGCUUUGGACGAAAAGCCUCGUGGUCAUUCUGACUCGGUCUCGUCUUUCAAGGAUCCCAGAGGUCGAGAAGCGUUCUAUGCGGACGACGAGUUGGCGUGA